AUGACGCAGCUCAUAGUCCCGACGCUCGCAAUCGGAUCCGAUCAUCAUCAGAUGCCGGUUUUAGGAUUUGGAACCGCCGCGUCUCCGCCGCCGGAACCGUUGGUGUUGAAACAGACGGUGCUGGAUGCAAUCAAGCUCGGUUAUCGCCAUUUCGACACGUCUCCGAGGUACCAGACGGAGGAGCCGCUCGGCGAAGCUCUGGCGGAGGCGGUUUCACUCAACUUGGUCAAAUCUAGAUCCGAACUCUUCGUCACUUCUAAGCUCUGGUGCGCCGAUGCUCACGGCGACCUCGUCGUACCGGCGAUUCAACGGAGUUUGAAAAAUCUGAAACUGGACUAUCUUGAUCUCUACAUGAUACAUUGGCCGGUUAGCUCAAAACCGGGUAAAUACAAGUUUCCAAUCGAAGAAGAUGACUUCUUGCCAAUGGAUUAUGAAGCGGUUUGGUCAAAGAUGGAGGAGUGUCAAAGACUCGGGCUUGCAAAGUGUAUAGGAGUAAGCAACUUCUCUUGCAAGAAGCUUCAACACAUCCUCUCCAUCGCCAAGAUCCCUCCCUGCGUCAAUCAGGUGGAGAUGAGUCCUGUAUGGCAACAGAGGAAGCUAAGGGAGCUUUGUAAGUCGAACGACGUCGUUGUGACGGCUUAUUCGGUGUUGGGAUCGAGAGGAGCGUUUUGGGGAACUCACAAGAUCAUGGAGUCUGAUGUUCUUAAAGAAAUAGCCGAGUCCAAGGGCAAAACAGUGGCACAGGUGAGUAUGAGAUGGGCGUACGAGGAAGGAGUGAGCAUGGUGGUGAAGAGCUUUAAGAAAGAGAGGUUAGAGGAGAAUCUGAAGAUAUUUGGUUGGUCUUUGACAGAAGAGGAGACCAAGAGAAUCUCGAAGGAGAUUCCUCAAUGCAGGAUCGUCGGCGGCGAGGUUUAUAUCUCCGAGAAAGGUCCCAUAAAAUCUCUCGCCGAAAUGUGGGACGGUGAAAUCUGA